AAUUUCAAUUUCUCAAUGUCCUUGUUUAAGAGCUUAUCAAAACAAAAACAAAAACCAAAGAUCUACCUUCAAAAUGGCACACAUUUCAGCACACUUCGACAGAUACAAAUACCUCACCUCCCUUAAGCUCUGCAUCUCUUCUUUCACAACCAUCGCAAUUCAUCAAAAUUUUACUCCCAAAACCUUCCAAGAAACAUGUCCAAACAACAAUCAACAACCGAAACCAAUACCAAAUCCAAAGCCUUCCUUAAAAAGCUCUAUUUCCAAAAGUCAAGAACAACAAAACCUAAUUUCCCUCAUAAAAUCGAGUACUCAGAAACCCCAUUUACUCCAAAUCCACGCUCACCUUAUCCGUACAUCCCUUCUUCAAAACCCCAUUUUUUCCCUUCAGUUUCUAUCCUGCCUUUGUUUCUCCGCCUUCCGUGAUCUCCGCUAUUCCCGAAAUUUUUUCUAUCAGAUCAAAAACCCAUCUGCCUCUCACUAUAACACACUCAUCAGAGCUUACACUUCCAGCAAUGCACCUAAAGAAGCCUUUUUUCUAUACAAGGAAAUGAGACAAAAAGGCCUAAAGCCUGACCCCAUAUCAUUUUCUUUUGUCAUUAAAUCUUGUAUGAAGUUUCGUUUGCUUUUUUGUGGUUUACAGGUUCACGGAAGGAUUUUAAGAGAUGGGUUUCAAUCAGAUUGUCUUUUACUUACUACUUUGAUGGAUUUUUAUUCGAGUUUCUCGAGCCGGGAGGAGGCUUGUAAAGUGUUUGAUGAAAUGACUCAAAAAGACACCGUCGCCUGGAAUGUAUUGAUUUCUUGUUAUUUACGUAAUGGAAGGACUAGGGAUGUGCUAAUGUUGUUUGAUACCAUGAAAAAUGAGGGUGUUUGUGAACCUGAUGAUGUUACUUGUCUCCUCGUGGUACAAGCUUGUGCUAAUUUGGGGGCGUUGGAGUUUGGCGAAAAGGUUCAUCAUUAUAUUGAAGAAUGCGGUUAUGGUAGUGCUCUUAAUCUGUCUCACUCGCUUAUAGCAAUGUAUUCUCGGUGUGGAUGUUUGGAUAAGGCUUAUGAUGUUUUUAAGGGAAUACGAGAGAAGAAUGUCGUUUCAUGGAGUGCUAUGAUAUCUGGUUUGGCAAUGAAUGGAUAUGGGAGAGAUGCAAUUCUAGCUUUUGAAGAGAUGCAAAGAAUGGGGAUUGCCCCAGAUGAGCAGACAUUUACGGGAGUUCUUUCUGCUUGUAGUCAUUGUGGUUUAGUAGAUGAAGGGAUGGAGUUUCUUGAUCGAAUGAGCAAAGAUUUUGGAAUAGCGCCUAAUAUUCAUCAUUAUGGGUGUGUGGUUGAUCUUUUAGGUCGUGCUGGUUUGCUUGAUCAAGCCUAUCACAUUAUAAUAUCAAUGGGGGUUAAGCCAGAUGCUACAACAUGGAGGACCUUGCUUGGGGCUUGCAGAAUUCACGGCCAUUUUUCCCUUGGAGAACGUGUAAUUGAACACUUGAUUGAACUUAAGGCUCAAGAAGCAGGAGAUUAUGUUUUGUUGUUGAAUAUUUAUUCAUCAACUGGUAACUGGGAGAAGGUGACAGAAUUGAGGAAGUUGAUGAAGGAGAAAGGCAUCCAAACAACACCUGGCUGUAGUACAAUUGAGUUGAAAGGAGUGGUACAUGAAUUCAUUGUGGAUGACAUUUCACAUCCACGAAAAUAUGAGAUCUAUGAUAAGCUAGGUGAGAUUAAUAAGCAGUUGAAGAUUGCUGGAUAUGUUGCCGAAAUAACAUCUGAAUUACAUGAUUUAGGUGUAGAAGAUAAGGCUCAUGCACUCUCUUAUCACAGCGAGAAGCUGGCUCUUGCUUUUGGAGUUCUCGCAACUCCCCCUGGCAAAACUAUAAGAGUAACCAAGAAUCUUCGUAUUUGCGUUGAUUGUCACAAUUUUGCAAAGUUUCUUUCUGGGGUCUACAACAGGGAGGUAAUAAUCCGAGAUAGAACCAGAUUUCAUCAUUUCAGAAAUGGACGCUGCUCUUGUAAUAACUAUUGGUAGGAAGUUUCCAAGGUUGGACAAAAAGAAUGCUCAAAUCACACUAUAAAAUGGGGAAGCUAACUGUAGGAUUUGUUGGCAGAUUGCCAGAGCUGACCUGAGUGUUGGCCUUCUUCCAUUCUCUAAGUAAUUGCAGGAUCCUACUCAAUUGACUUAAGAACAGGCACAUCAGUUACUGAUUCGUUGAGUAGCAUGUUUUCUCUCUAUUUGCCUCUGUUAUCUAUUUGAUCUGUUGAUCAACAUUGCAGAAACUAAACAGGACAUCCCUUCCUUGGAUCUAGUUCAUUCUGUAUUCACUGCAAAGAAAUCAUCAUAAACCCUGAAUCUAUUCACAAAACCAAUGGCUGUGCCGCGUAGGUUACAAAUAAAAGACAAGCCUUACCUUCUGGAUUGUGUAAAAGAAUUAGCCCUGCACCUCGGUUAUGAAACCUCAGUAAAGAUUGUUGUCUUCAAAAGAAAUUGUGGAAGCUUAAUACUUAAUCAGGAUUGAAAGAGAAAGCCAGAUGAAAACAUGCUUUGCAAAGGAAGAUUGCUUUUUAUCUGAUUAUACUGUAUUUGAUUGUUUGUUGCACCUUAAAGCCGUGCUAUUUGAAGUUUCAGAGGAAAAUGAUGGCUGUCAUGGAGAUCUCUUUGGUUGAUUGUACUGGGACAAAGUCGUUGACGGUUCUGCACUCUUCGCAACCCAUGGCCAAAACUUAAGAGUGAAUCAGAAGGGAACAAGUAGCCUUUGUAUAUCUUUAACAAAACAUUUUGAUCGGCACAAAGUAUUUAUUGAUUGGUUUGAUUAUAACUAAAGCAGUGUCUGUAAACACAUUGCUGCUAUGUUAGUACAAAACACAGAUUUCUUGAGGUAGCAUUUAACAAUAAACCGUUUGUUUCUCAUUCUAGUGAAUGAAAAUAUUUAUAAGUUGUUUUGUUAGUUGUGUGAAUCUAAUCCUGGCUUUUGCGGUUUUUCAUCUCAAUUUGAUAGCAAAGACAACUUAUGGUAUUGCUCAGCAAGUCAAAAGUUCUGUAAUGGCGGAUGUUACUUUAGUUCGUGGAGA